AGUUUACAUGCCCCUUUCGCUCUGCUCAGAGAGCUGUGAAAUGAUACGAGCGGAAGGAAAAGCCCGUCGUCAUGUGAUCCGUCUAAAUGCGCGAGCCUGACAGAUCGAUACACACGCUGAAGAGGAUGGCAGACACCGGCAAGACCGAGAAAUUCCAGCUGCACGUUCCAAACCUCGCGGAAUUAUGUCAGGUGCUGCAAUCAGGACUGAAUAAGAAUUUUUCUGAUGUAAAAGUGUCUGUAACUGACUGUCCAGAUCUUACACAAGAGCCUUUUGGGUUUCCUGUCAAGGGUCUUUGUGGCAAACCUCGUAUCACCGAUGUGGGAGGUGUACCAUAUCUGAUUCCUUUGGCCCAACCGAACAAGGUGUACAACAUGAACACUGUGUCCAAGGAGGUGGAGCUGCCUGGGGGAUUUUUUCUUGGUGCUGGUGCGGUUUCCUUCAAGACAGUUGGCAUGAAUGGAGAGUUAAUGCCUCUGGUGCUGACUGAAGCUGAAGGAAGAGCUGCAGUGAAUGGCAGUUAUUUUUCAUCCAUCAACCCAGUGGAUGGAAAAUGUCUGCAGGAGAAAUAUAGCGACAGGUUCCAUGACUGUGACUUCGGCCUCCUUGCAAACCUUUAUGCAUGUGAGGGCAAACCUGGAAAGGUCAUCGAGGUGAGAGCCUGCAGAAGAACAGGAGAGGACAGUCUCGUGAGCUGCAUGAGAAAGACCAUGGAAGAACAUUAUGGGGAGAAGAGUGUGGCCCUGGGGGGAACUUUCGUCUUACAAAAGGGGAAGGCGAAGAUCCAUAUUAUGCCUCCUGAAUUCUCUGCCUGCCCUCUAAACACCAAUGAGGAGGUCAAUAACUGGCUCAGGCAUUUUGAAAUAAGUGCUCCACUGAUCUUUCAAACGGUCAUGGUGUCCAGAGACCCAGGUCUUGACCUGAGAGUGGAGCAUACACAUGGCUUCAGUCAUCAUGGUGAGGGAGGCCAUUACUACAUUGACACCACUCCAAACACAGUGGAGUACCUGGGAUACUUCCUGCCCGCUGAGUUCAUCUACCGUAUCGACCGACCCACUGAGACACACAAUAUUGGCCGAGAUUAAACUAUAGACAGUUCUUAUUUUUUUUUAAGAGCAUUAUAGACAUUAUAAUACAUUUUGCAACGUUGUUGAUGAAAAGUAAAUAAAUAAGUAUUGAGUGACUUUUCACAAUCCAAUACAUUUCACAAUACAUUUUGUACUAGAUAUUCAAGCCUUUUCAAAUAGCUCUUUUUUUUAUUAACUUCACAGGGAGAUUAGCCCAUUAAUUGAAACCUAACUGAACUGAUUUUUCACAACUGUACUACAUUUUUGCAACUGAUUUUGCACAGCAACAUUUGUGGCACCAAAUCAGCAUAUUAUAUGAUUUCUGAAGGAUCAUGUGACACUGAAGACUGGAGUAAUGGCUGCUGAAAAUUCAGCUUUGGAUUCACAGAAAUAAAUGACAUUUUAAAAUCGAUUAAAAUUGAAAACAGUUCAACUUAGCCGAAAUCAAACUGUAAUACUAUUUAACCGUAUUGCUUUUCUUUCUUUUUUCUUUUUUACUUGUAUUGUUGAUUAAAUAAAUGUAGCCUC